UGACGAGGAGAAUGGGCAGGGUGGUUGUAAAAACAUUAAGAUGGACGUUAAAGAGGAGGAAAAAGAUUGUGAUGAAGACAUUUCUGAUCUAAAAAAUAAGAACUUUGAGCUGAAGAAGGAGAACUUUGAGCUGAAGAAGGAGAACUUUGAGCUGAAGAAGAAAAUCUCUGAGCUUAAACAUGAUGUUCGUGAACUCAGUAAGGAGAAUGCUGCGUUAAAACAAGAGGCAACAUUUGAGUAAGAAGUGGUGGACAUGAGUACUGCUGAUCUGAAUGAGAUCAUAGCUACUCUCAUCUCAGACCCACAGCAACAGAGAGAGGCUGAGUAUGUGAGAAGAAACCUGAAGAAUAUGACCAUGGACUAUGUGGAUGUGACUCUAGAUCCUGAUACAGCACAUCCUAAACUCAUCCUGUCUGAAGACAGGAAACAAGUUAGAUGUGGAGACACAAAACAGGAUCUCCCUGAUAACCCAGAGAGGUUUGAUACUGUUCCCUGUAUCCUGGGAAAGGAGGGCUUCUCCUCAGGGAGAUUCUACUAUGAGGUUCAGGUGAAGGAGAAGACUGGGUGGAUUUUAGGAGUGGUCAGAGAGUCCAUCAACAGGAAGGGGGAGAUUACAGUGAGCCCUGAGAAUGGAAACUGGACUGUGUUGCUGAGGGAGGAAGGGUACAGGGCUAUCACUGACCCCCCUGUCCCUCUCUCUCUGAAAGAGAAGCCCCAGAAGGUGGGGGUGUUUGUGGAUUAUGAGAAUGGUCGGGUCUCAUUCCACAAUGUGGAGGCCUGGUCUCAUAUCUACUCUUUCACUGGCUGCACCUUCACUGAGAAACUCUAUCCAUUCUUCAGCCCUGGUAAUAAUUACACUGGUAAAAACUCAACCCCACUGGUCAUCACUCCUGUAGAUAUAACUGACUGACUGGUUUAUACCAA